AUGUUGCUCUACUCUGACGUGAUCUCCGGCGACGAGAUGUUCUCGGACGCCUUCCCGGUCAAGGAAAUCGACGACGUUGCGUACGAGGUCGACUGCUCUAUGAUCACCACCAAGUCCGGCGCGGAUGUCAAUAUUGGCGCCAAUCCCUCCGAGGACAGCGGCGAAGAGGCUCUAGAGGAUGGUGUGGAGACCGUCAACAACGUCGCUUUCUCCUUCCGUCUUCAGACAACCAGCUUUGACAAGAAGAGCUACCUCACGUACCUCAAGGGCUACAUGAAAGCGGUCAAGACCCACCUUCAAGAGCACAACCCUUCUCGCGUUGAGGCAUUUGAGAAGGCUGCGCAGGCGUUUGCGAAGAAGAUCGUCGGCAACUUCAAGGACUACGAGUUCUAUGUUGGUGAGAACAUGAGCCCCGAUGGCAUGGUCGCGCUCCUGAACUACCGUGAGGAUGGUGUUACCCCCUACUUCACCUUCUGGAAGGAUGGUCUCAAGCAGACCAAGCUCUGA